AUGCCGCUGCUCAACCGGCAGCCGUUCGACAAAGCGCCGUUGCCGACCGACCUGAAGCCCGACGAGGAAGUGUUCUUCUGUGGGUUGACUGGCGAGGUGUUUCGCGACUACGACGACUUCUUCAAACGUACUAUCUUGCUCAAUUCGCUUGUAUGGACGUGCAGCGCCACCGGUCGCACAAACUUGACUUUCGAGGAGGCGUUGCUGUCAGAACGGACGUCGAAGGAGUCGUUAGAAAAUUUCCCGUCGAAUUUGGCGCGGCCGCUGUUGUUCCUUUGCAGACUGACGAAACGCUCCCGCUUGGAGGACUUGCUGAACGACGUAUAUGGCUUCGUUCGAAACCACUAUUUCGUUGGUGAAGUGGUGGAGGUUGUUUUAGGAUUAGAAAAGUAAGG